UUCUCUGUACCCAAUAUAUAAAAGAGAAAAAUGGUGAUACAAAGAGGAAAAUCAAAUCCCCCUCUACUUUUACCCACCAUUGACACAGUCGUCACGACAGUGCCCACUCUUCUCUAUCUCGCCACUUCGAACCGGGGCAGGGUUUGGCUUUGCUGUGAUGGUUUGGGGAUUUUGCUUUUACUUUUACUUGGAUGGGUCUUUAUAGCUGUUGCUCUGAUCCGUUAGUGACUGCAGCAGAAAUUUUGUGGUAUUACUUUGAUGGGGAAGGGUUCGAAGAGCGCGGCAUGCAAGUCCACAUCUCACCAGCUCUUCAAGGACAGGGCGAAGAAUCGCGUGGAUGAUCUACAGGGGGUCUUAAGUGAUCUCCAAUCAGCUAGGAAGGAGAGCCGGUCAAUUGAUGUGGUUGUGCUUGAAGAGCAAGUUCACCAGAUGCUUCGUGAGUGGAAGUCUGAGCUUAACGAACCGUCCCCAGCUUCUUCUCUGCAGCAGGGAGGGAGCCUUGGUUUUUCAUCGGAUAUUUGUCGGCUGCUGCAGCUUUGUGAGGAGGAAGAUGACGCAACUAGUGCGUUAGCUGCACCAAAACCAGACCCUGAUGCACAGAAGGCUGUUAAUGGAUAUACUUCUCAAGAGAAUUUUAAUAUUACCAAGGGUCCUCAAGAACUAGGCUUCCAGUUGGUGGAGCAAUGCAAAAAUGCUGCCAUGGGAGUUAACAUGGAAAUGAACAAUAUGAAUGUGCCUUCACAGCUAGAAUAUCAUUCAUUUGAUUACCAUCAAGAUUUUGAACAGCCGUAUUUUAUAGGCUUUGAUGGCACGGGGUUCAUCGGUGAGGAUGUUAUGCCUCAGAUUUCUGGGUAUCAACCAAAUAUCAGCCCCCCACCGUCUGCUUUCUUGGGGCCAAAAUGUGCCCUUUGGGAUUGCACUAGACCAGCAUUGGGGUUGGAAUGGUGUCAAAAGUCUGAUGACUAUUGCAGCAUCUAUCAUGCUGGGCUUGCACCUAGUGAAGGCUAUUUUGGUAGGCCUCCUGUUGUACGACCGAGAGGCAUUGGCUUAAAGGAUAAUUUACUUUUUGCUGCUCUUGGUGCGAAGGUGCAAGGAAAAGAUGUUGGCAUUCCUGAGUGUGAGGGUGCUGCUACAACAAAAUCACCUUGGAAUGCACCUGAGCUCUUUGAUCUCACUGUUCUGGAUGGCGAAACAAUCAGGGAGUGGCUGUUUUUUGAUAAAUCGCGCAGAGCCUUUGAGAGUGGUAACAGGAAGCAGCGAUCACUUCCAGAUUAUAAUGGGAGGGGUUGGCAUGAGUCCCGAAAACAAGUGAUGAAUGAAUUUGGAGGGUUGAAGAGAUCCUACUACAUGGAUCCUCAGCCGAUGGAGAAUUUUGAGUGGCACCUUUAUGAAUACGAGAUCAACAAGUAUGAUUUGUGCGCAUUAUACAGACUUGAAGUAAAGCGUGCUGAUGGCAAGAAGAGUCCUAAAGGGAAGUUAGGCAAUGAUUCUGUUGCUGAUCUGCAAAAGCAGAUGGGCAGGCUGAGUGCUGAGUUCCCAAAUGAGAAGCAGCGCGUCGUCAAAGGAAGGGGAAAGAGCAAUUUGAAGGAGGGAAGUGGGAGAAUUUACUCUGGUUCGAACGCAAUGGAAGCAAAUCCAGGUGAAGGGCUUGAAUAUACAAGAGGCGCACCAUACGAUUAUCUUGUGGAAGAUAUCAAUGGGUACUACAUAACAUGAUGAUGUCUCUGGGAACGAAAAGAGGCUCUCUAUCCAAGUAUAUAUAAUUGCUCUUUGAUUUCACUCGGCCUCGCCUCCAGGCAAGUGGUGAAGUUGUUUUCUUUUUUCUUUUCUUUUUUACUGCUAAAUUGUUACGUUUUUGUUGAUAGGGAGUCGGUUGUAAUAGGGAUUACUGAUAACAUAUUGGGUGACCAAUGAGUGGGUUCGUUAUGGUGGAUACUAAUCAGGGACGGAGAUAGCAUAGGCCAAGCCACCGCUCCAGCGGAGGCUUGGCUGUCGCUGUCCUCCCAGAUUCGCCUAUACUAUAUUUGGGUUUUUACACAGAGACCGGUUGUCCUCCCAGGUUCGCCUAUACUAUAUUUGGGUUUUUACACAGAGACCAGCCGCGUAUGGAGGAAGAUUGAAGAAGAUGCAGGGGAGAGAGAGGGAAGGGGGGAAGGAUAGAGGAGAGAGGAAUAGAAAAGGACUUUAAACAGACCCAACGUUUAUAUCCCAUUUUUGAUUUAUGUGAUUAGGAGCAGUUAGAUAAUUUGAUUUCUUAUUUAGUGUGAUUAUUAGUUUAAGAAUAUAUUAUUACUUUUUCUAUCUCUAAAAUUGUUUUAAGAAUCAAUUACUACUAAUAAAAGUAAUUAUUCUUCUCAUA